AUGAAGAAGACCAAAUAAUAUCUUAAAGAAUACUAUGUGAAUAGCUUUUUCUUACUUUAAUUUGCAUAUGACAGGAGCUAAUAUGUUGCAAUUCUUCUACUUUUAGUUAGAUAAAUACAAUUUAUUAGUUUAAUAUUCACUAAAAUCGUUACUGAUGAUGUUCUAUCUUUUAAAAGUUAUUUUGAGAAUAGCCUAAUUGACACAUUAAUUACUACAACGCACUACUUUAGAUUAGUUCCUUUAUAGUUCUCGCUUUAAUCUAAUAAUAAAACCGAAUCAACUAAUGCAUAAAACACUACAAAAACAUAAAAUUCCAAUAAUAAAAAUGACUUGGAACUUUCUGUGAAUUACAAUUUUUUAAUAUUUUAGGCUAUAGUGAAUAGCUACCUUAUUUUUUAUUUGCUUAUUAGACCUAUUUUACUUUAGUUGCUUUAGAAGAGAAAGUAGAUAUACAAAACUUUAGAUUUAAUUUGUUCUUUUCUUAUGAAGUGGUAUUCUUAUUUGCUAUUAAUACCUUUUAUUUAGGUCAGCAUUUAUGAACUUUUUAAUGAUAACGUUCUUAUAUUGUCUUGGUAUUGUUUGAUAUCUACAAGCAUUAUUUCAAUUUUUCAGACUAUUCACGAAUUUAGCUACAGUUUUAUACUCAAGGAUUUUCUUGCUAAGAGGGAUUCAUUUGAGAAUUAACUGGACCUAGUCAUUAUUUAUAUGUUUUCAAUAUUCUAUGCAACUUCUAUAAAUUCUAAGAUAGUUUUAAUUGCCCACUCAAUUUUAACACUCUACUAAAUAUAUUCUUUUAUUGUGAGACUCUACUUUUACAAUCGCAUCAUUUAAUGUAUAUUUAUUGUAUUCAGAUUUUGUCAUUUGGGACUCUCAUUAAUUCUUUUGCUAUUUAUAUUGGCUCCUGCCUUAUAAAAUUAUUGUGAUAUUUAGCUGACUCUUUUAGUUAGUUUGCCAAUAUUGGCCAGAUUCGCCUUGAUAGUGAGGUCCUUAAGAGUAACAAGUUUAUUACUCAGAGAAACAGAUUACUCAGAUCCUUAAAUACUCAAUCUUUACAUAAGGAAUGUAUUUACUCUGCUUAGAAAUCUUGAUAUGCAUGACUACACAAUUAUUUAGAAGGGUGUUCUUUAUGAGAGUAUUUAUGAAAAUCAUUAUGAUUAAUGUGCUCGAAAGCAGUGCUUUUGUCAUGAUCUGAUUAGAGAAAAUGGUUUUUCAUGGGAAGAACUUCAUGGCCACAAAUACAGAGAUAGAUUUUUAACUUCAUAUUUAACCUAAAUAUUUUCGGAGUUUAUAACAGAUAAAACAAGGCUAUUAAAAUCAAGUGAAGAAUUUCAUAAACUAAGAUUCAGUUUUUUAUCGUUUUUGAUAGAGGUUGUGAAUGUUCCAACAAGUUCGUACGUUUAAGUAGUAUCGAUGAUCAAUUAGUUGAUGAAGUAGAGUAAUAUAAAAGAAUAAAUGAUAUUUAAAUCGAUGGAAUACAAAGCUAAUCAAACUUUUUACAACUUUUUCAACAAUCCUUCUGUGUUCAACCAAAGAUUGCAAUUAAAUAAAGUUAUGGAGUUUGAUGAUAUUUACAAAGAAUUAUCAAUGAGAAUAAAAACAUGUAUUUUGCUGCUAAGAGAUAUGUAUGUCAUGAUGAUGGAAGAUUACAUCAAUUUAAACAAAUUACUUGAUCUUGGCACUAAAAUUAUCAAAUUCAAAGAAUUAAUUUAUAACGAUUUAAUGACUCUCUUUCAGUAUAAUCCAAAUAGUUAAAGAGCUUUUGAAAUGAGUCAAAUUUACAGCGAAACUCUUGAUCUGAUGAAGAAAAAACCUAAAUAGUAUAAAAUAGAAGCAUAAUUUAGAGCAAGAAAGAUCCAAAUUCAAAAGAAUUACUAAAACCCAGAAAAAGAAAUAAAUUUAUUCUCAUAAGAAGCGUGCGUGAUAUAUGUAAGUCUAUUAGAUCCUAUUGGAACAAUCAAGCGAAUAAGUCAGUCUACAUUUAGAGUAUUUGGCAUGCAAGCAAAGGAGUGCAUAGGAAAAAACUGUAAUAUCUUCAUACCAAAUGAAAUAAACAAAAUACAUGAUGAAAUCUUGAACAGAUUCGUUGAAGGAGGAUAGCUUAAAGUCAUUAGUGCUGGAGAAAUCAAAAUGUUUGGAGUUAAGAAAUCAGGCUUUAUUUUUCCUCUUAAAUUCAGAAUCAGGUUAGAUCCAUCUUUUUCAAAUGAUUUUGGAGUGAGUGGGUUUUUCCAAAUGUCUAAUUCAGGUUCAGAGCAUAUACUCUUUGAUUUAACAGGCAGGAUCACAAAUAUUUCAGAGAAAUUUUUUAAAUUUUACUUUUAAGAUAUUUUCGGAGAGAGUAACUUUAAGAAAGUAAGAGACUUAGACAUUAUUAAGAUGCUCCCUCUUUUAGGAGGAUACAUUGAACAAAUCAGAGAUUCUAAUGUAGAUAUGCAGAAGUUCGACUUCAACACAAUAUUUAUUUAUCCUCUUGUCAAAGAUAAAGCAAAAGUCUUUGAAUAUGACUAGAGCUAUUUUUUUAACAGUUUAACACAAUUUAAAAACUUUUCCAAGACAAUCAAAUCAAGAAAAUGUGGAUUUCUAAGUAUUUCAUUUAGAAUUGGAAGGCUAUCUAACUCAUACACACCUCUUAAAAUAGGCUUUAUACAAAUCGAAAAGCAUAAAAAAAUUUUAGAUAAAUAUUAAUGCUUAGAAGAAAUCGAAAUUCUAAUUUCUAAUCUAAAAGAAAGAAAAAAAUAUUUAGACAUUGCAAACAAUAUACUAAACGAAAAUGCACUGGAUUAGUAAAAAUCAAUUAUGAAUAAUACAAACGAUAAAAGUGUUAAAUCCAUUUCUCUACGUUAGCCAUCAUUUUUCCACAAACAGGCCUAAGAAUAAAGUCCCUAGAGAAAGAGUAUCAUGAUGAACUUUAAAAAGACUCUUAAAACCACAAUGAAAGAGAUUGAAAGUUAAUAAAAUGGAGAUUCUCAAUUAAAUGAUGUAAUGAGUAAACACACGAGCAAAAAAGCAAUUUCGUAACAUAAUUUGGAUACAUAUAAUAAUAAUGUCACAGAAAAUGAUAUCAUUUAUAUUAACUUAAGCAAAAAUAGCUAGCAAUAAUAUCAAUCAACCACAGAUAAUCAUAUGGAGCUAAAUUAAACUUAAAAUCACUUGAUAACUACUCAAAAUAACUUGAAUAUGAAUAGCAUUAAUAAUAAUGACACAGUUAUUCAUCUUGAAACCAGCUUUUAGCAUGAUAACUUUACAGAUUAAAAUAAAAAUAAUUUGACUGCUUUUUUUAAGCAAACAGAAUUUGAUAUUUUUGAUAGUUAUAACUUUGAUGAAUAGAGAAAGAAAUUAGGAGGAUUAGAGCAAAAUUAACAUGGACAAUAUAUGAUUUAAGAUUCAGUUAUUUCUCCUAAAAAAUAAAACUUAUUGAAUUAAUAGAAUUUAAAGCAAAGGGCUGCUGAAAAGCAUUCUACAUCUAGUGAAGAAAAAAUUAACAGUAAUAAGAAAACCAAAGAUAAAGAAGACUCUAAUGAUUCCAAGCAUAACGAUUUGGAUUUUGAAAAUAAAGUCAUUCAAGCAAAUAUUGCUACUGAUAAAAUAAAUCGAUAUAAAUAAAAAGAACUUAAAGAAUAAGGAACUGAUCAGACAUUUGGUGCCAAAUAGGAAAAAUAAAAUGUGAAUGAAAAUAAUAAUAAUAAUGGUUAGAAUAAGAAUUCAGAAUAACAAAAUAAUACAAAUGAAAUUUAAAUAGAUUUAAAAAGUGAAAAUUCUUCUUCAUUUUUAACUGAUAGUGAUGAAUUUGAUGAUUCUGAUUAAGAAGGAUCUAAUAAUGAUAAAAAUAAAGAAUAAGAUUAAGGAUUAAAUUACAAAUUUCAAAGCAACAUUAAAACUCAGUUAGAUGUAUUGAAAAGCUUUGUGGAUAUACCAAAAGGAAGGAAGAAGAAUAGGAAAAUGACAUUGGAAGAAAUACAACUCGAAGUGAGCAGUGAUAGUAAUAUGGCAGGCUCUUAGCUUAAGUAAUUUAACGAUGAUAUCGAAGGAAAUAGAGAUAUCAUGAACUUUAUCAAUAAAUAAGAAGUUAGUUCUGUGAAUAGUGGCAAAACAGAAUUUCAUUCUUUCAAAACAAUGUUAAGAACUGGAAUUCAGUCUAAAAAAACUUCAAAAGCUAUGAAAUCUAUGCUAAUAGCAGGCUACUUAGCAAUUGCUAUUCUUAUUUCAAUCACAACAUUAUUCUUCGUAAGCAUAAGAAAUUAUUUCGAAGAAGAAAUAGCUUCAUACAAAUUAAUUGUUAAAGGAGAUGAAACAAAAAAAAUAUUCUCAAGUGUGAUUACUUACAGCGAAUUACUAGAAUUACACUCUAUGAAAAUUUUAUAAACCUAGCUUUCAGAUCAAAAAAGCUUGGAAUACUACAAUGAAAAAAUGUUUUCAGUGACAAAAUUUAGAGAAUAAAUUUAUAAAUUCUAAGAAGAAGACUAAGAUAUUGACUUUGCUAAAUAUUUAACUUAAACAUAUCUUGCAACAACUCUAUUUAAUUAAAGAAACAUGUCCUCCGUAGUCUAUUUUUACCAGAUUUAUUCUUUAAUUAUAACUUCAGAGAACCUCUAUUUUUAUGCUAAAACUGAAAAAGAAGCUUUCUUAAGAUACGUACUUGAAAAUGAAGAGAAUGCUUAUGGGGUGUUUGAAGGUAUUACUGAUUAGACGUUGAAUUAAUCUAAUAGAAUCAUUACUUAAAUUGAUAACAUUUUAGUUUUAUCGUUGGUGUCUUUAGAAAUUAUUUGCAUUUUAACUGUAAUAGUUUCAUUUCCUAUGUUUUACUUUGUAUAGAAAUAAAGAGAAGAAAUAUUAAAGCUAUUUUGUACUUUUCAAGGCAACAAACUCAUUGAAAAAAUAGACUAGUGCUUUUCUUAUUCUCAGCAUAAUAUGCUAGAAAGUAUUGCAAUUUAUGGCAAUAUGAUAAAUAAAAAUGAAGUAAAUCAUAAUAAAAGACCAAACCACCCUAAAAAAAGAACAACAUCAAAUAGCAAUAAUUUAAAAAAAUAUAACAUUAGCUUAAUCAUAGCAACUUUUGUUAUUUUUUGUCUUCUUUCUAUCUCUCCCUUUACAAAUUACUUUACGUCAUAAGAAUUUAUAAAUGAAUUCGAUAUGAAUAUCCAAGAAUUGUAAAAAAUUUACUAGUUUAGGGGAUUAAUGCCUGAGACAUAUGCAUUGAAUUAUCUUACAAUUAAAGCAAUAGCGUAAUAAAGGACAGAUUAUACUUAAAAGCUAAAAUUAUAGCUUGAUAAAUUGUCUAAUAUUACCAAUUAAGCCACCAAAGAUUUAGUUGGGCUAAAUAAAUACUUGCAAGUCUAAGGAAGGUAUGAUUAUAACUUAUACUAAAGUAUUGUAAGGUAGAUAUUAGAUAAAGAGGUUUGCUAAACAUUUAAAAAUAACAUACAAUAUAGUUCUAACUCUACUCUAUUUAAUUUAUAAAAUUGCCUUUCUGUCUAUAAUCAAAUAUGGUCAAAUGGCUUUAUUAUUGGAGUGAAAGCUAUUUAGGAAAAGUUCAAAGAGAUUCGAGCUCUCUUAGAUAUUUAAGAUCCUUAAGCUUUUAUUUAAAAAAUAUAAGCAUUUGAUUAAAAUUAUGAUCUCAAUUCUUUCUAAGAAUUAUAUUAUUACUGUUAAAGUAUUCCGGAUUUGCUUGGAAAUUUCAUGAUAACAUCCAGCACAAACUAUUACAACGAAAGAUAAAAUUUCCUUCUGCAAAUUUUCAUUUUUGCCUUUAUACUUAACUCCUGCAUUUUACUAUUUGUUUGGUAGGCUUUUUAUAAGCAUCUAGCUAAAUUAAUGUUCUAAACUAAAUCGAUAUUAGGAGUUUUUUCUUAUGACUUUAUAAUAGAUAAUCCAUUUAUUAUCAGUUAUGUUAAAAAAGAGUUUACUCUUACAUGA